UGGUUCACUGAUGGACACUAGAUGGCAGACUACAUCAAGUUGCACUUAGAGGGGAUGGUUAGAACCGAAGCUGGAAAGAGGAGCUUGGAGGGGAGGAAGAAUAGGUUACCAGGUUGCAAGAUGCUACGAGGAUGUAGAACCAAACUGGGCAGGCUGGGGGUCAGCCUCUCCAGAGGACUUCACCACAAGGCUGUGAUGGCCCUCAGGCGGGAGGAUGUGAACGCCUGGGAGAGAAGGGCACCUCUGGCUCCCAAACACAUCAAAGGGAUCACCAACCUGGGAUACAAGGUCUUGAUACAGCCUUCAAAUCGGCGGGCCAUUCAUGAUAAGGAAUAUGUCAAAGCUGGUGGGAUUCUUCAGGAGGAUAUUUCUGAAGCUUGUUUAAUUCUGGGAGUUAAAAGACCUCCAGAGGAAAAGUUAAUGUCCAAGAAGACUUAUGCAUUCUUCUCCCACACGAUAAAAGCUCAGGAGGCCAAUAUGAGCUUGUUGGAUGAGAUUCUGAAACAGGAAAUCCGACUUGUUGAUUAUGAGAAAAUGGUGGAUCACAGAGGAACACGGGUAGUGGCAUUUGGACAGUGGGCAGGAGUGGCAGGGAUGAUAAACAUUCUUCACGGAAUGGGUUUAAGGCUCCUUGCUCUGGGACAUCACACUCCUUUUAUGCACAUUGGCAUGGCUCAUAACUACAGGAACAGCAGUCAGGCUGUGCAAGCUGUCCGUGAUGCUGGUUACGAAAUAUCUCUGGGUUUGAUGCCAAAGUCAAUAGGUCCCCUAACAUUUGUGUUCACAGGGACUGGAAAUGUAUCUAAGGGAGCCCAAGAAAUCUUUAAUGAACUACCCUGUGAAUAUGUGGAACCCCAUGAAUUAAGAGAAGUUUCCCAAACUGGAGACCUCAGAAAGGUGUAUGGGACAGUGUUAAGUCGCCAUCAUCAUCUUGUCAGGAAAACAGAUGGUGUAUAUGAUCCUGUAGAGUAUGACAAAUACCCUGAGCGUUACAUAAGUCGCUUUAAUACUGACAUUGCACCCUAUACAACUUGUUUAAUUAAUGGGAUCUACUGGGAACAAAACACCCCGCGUCUACUAACUCGCCAAGAUGCCCAGAGUCUCCUAGCCCCAGGCAAGUUCUCAGUGGCUGGAGUUGAAGGCUGCCCUGCAUUACCACACAAACUUGUGGCAAUAUGUGACAUUUCAGCAGACACAGGAGGAUCUAUAGAGUUUAUGACUGAGUGUACCACAAUAGAGCGUCCCUUUUGCAUGUAUGAUGCUGACCAGCAUAUUAUUCAUGACAGUGUUGAAGGCUCUGGGAUUCUGAUGUGUUCCAUUGACAAUUUGCCUGCACAGCUUCCCAUCGAAGCUACAGAAUACUUUGGAGACAUGCUUUACCCGUAUGUUGAAGAAAUGUUAUUAUCAGAUGCAACACAGCCUCUUGAAAGCCAGAAUUUUUCUCCUGUGGUGCGAGAUGCAGUGAUUACAUCCAAUGGUACAUUGACUGAUAAAUAUAAAUAUAUCCAGAAACUCCGGGAGGAUAGAUGGCUGCAACAGCCGGAGCUGUGCCGAUCCGAAGCCAGGAGCCAGGAGCUUCCUCCGGGUCUUCCUAUAGAACGUGCUCAGUCACUUUCAAUGGACACCAAGAAAAAGGUCUUGGUUCUUGGGUCUGGCUAUGUGUCUGAGCCUGUAUUAGAAUACCUGUCAAGAGACAACAACAUAGAAAUAACAGUAGGCUCUGAUAUGAAGAAUCAAAUUGAACAGUUGGGCAAGAAAUAUAAUAUUAAUCCAGUGAGCAUGAACAUUGGUAAACAAGAAGAGAAGUUGGAUUCCUUGGUGGCCACACAGGAUCUUGUCAUCAGCUUGUUGCCUUAUGUGUUGCAUCCUCUUGUGGCCAAGGCAUGCAUCACAAACAAAGUUAACAUGAUCACUGCCAGCUACAUCACACCAGCGCUAAAAGAAUUGGAAAAGAGUGUAGAAGAUGCUGGUAUCACAGUCAUUGGUGAAUUAGGUUUGGAUCCUGGCCUUGAUCAUAUGUUGGCAAUGGAAACAAUAGACAAGGCCAAGGAAUCAGGAGCCACGAUUGAAUCUUACGUUUCUUACUGUGGUGGGCUUCCAGCCCCAGAACAUUCAGACAACCCUUUGAGAUAUAAAUUCAGCUGGAGUCCAGUGGGAGUCUUGAUGAACAUAAUGCAGCCUGCCACCUACCUGCUCAACGGCAAGGUUGUGAACGUAGCAGGGGGAGUCUCCUUUCUUGAUGCAGUUACUGCCAUGGAUUAUUUCCCAGGAUUAAACUUGGAAGGCUACCCUAACAGAGACAGCACAAAAUAUGCAGAGAUUUAUGGCAUUCCAUCUGCUCACACUUUGUUGCGAGGGACGCUGAGAUAUCAGGGAUAUUCCAAGGCUUUGAAUGGAUUUGUGAAAUUGGGUCUUAUAAACAGAGAAGCGUAUCCUGCCCUUCGACCUGAGGCCAAUCCUCUCACCUGGAAAGAACUCCUCUGUGACUUAGUUGAGAUUUCACCCUCCUCCAAGCAUGAUGAGCUGAAGGAAGCUGUUCUUAAGAAACUAGGAGGGGACAGCACCCAGAUGGAGGCUGCUGAAUGGUUGGGCUUACUUGGAGAUGAACAAGUCCCUCAUGCAGAGUCUAUUGUGGAUGCGCUCUCCAAGCAUUUGGCAAUGAAACUUUCCUAUGGCCCUGAAGAAAAAGAUAUGAUUGUGAUGAGAGACAGCUUUGGAAUCAGACAUCCUUCUGGACACCUAGAAAGUAAAACUAUUGAUCUUGUGGUUUAUGGAGAUGUCAAUGGCUUCUCAGCCAUGGCUAAAACUGUGGGGUUACCCACUGCCAUGGCAGCUAAAAUGUUGCUUGAUGGUGAAAUCCAAGCCAAAGGCCUGAUGGGACCCUUUUCGAAGGAGAUCUAUGGACCAAUACUGGAGCGGAUUAAAGCAGAGGGCAUUAUAUAUACUACACGGAGCACAAUCAAACCAUGAUUGGGAAUUAUAUUUUGUUUUCAUCUUCCCAGGCAACACAGCUCUAAUCACUUGUGUGACAAAGAUGCUUGUCAAUGUGCUAUUUUAUAAAGUAUAAAGCACAAUGUAUUUUGAUUAAAUCAAUAUAAUUAUUUUUUUAAGCAUAAAGCUUUAUUUUAAUAUGAAAAUGUUUGGAAUAGGAGGUGCCAGUAACUACCAGAAUUUAAUAAUUCUACGUAUUUUUUCAUAAGCAUGUGAAAAUGGUAGUGAUCAUGCUAUUUGUUAAUUUAUUGUGUCACUUUUUUCUUACUAGAACAUAUUUUCUAAAAUCAGAGAUGCAGUUUUACUUUUUUGGUUACAAAAAUGUCAUCCCUUAGCUGUACUUUUGCAUUUUUCAAAUUGAUUCUUUUGAGUCCUUUAGGUUACUUAUUAACAAACCUUUACAAAGUGCUAUUUAAUGCCUUUUUAGAAAACUUACAAUUUAUUUAGUAUUUUUCUUAUGGUUUUUCUCUUGAGUUUAUGGAAAAGGGACUAAAUAACAUUAAACCCAACUCAUUUGAUCACCUCAUAAGGCAUAGUAAAAGUAUUUAACAAAAUCAAACACCUUUUUGUAAUAAGAGGCCUCAAUAAACUAAAAAUUAAAGGGAACUUCCUCACUCUGAAAAAGGCAUCUAUGAAAAACCCAGAGCUUGCCUCCUACUUGAUGAUGAAAGACCAAAUGAUUUCUCCCUAAGAUCAGCAAGAAGGCAACAGUGUCUGCUCUGAGCCUUUCUGUGCAGCUUAUACUGGACAAUUAGGCAAUAAAAUGAAAUAAAAAUGAUUCAGGGUGGAGAGGUAGAAGUAAAACUCUACCACAGAUUAUGUGAUCUUAUUCAUAGAAACCCAAAGGAAAUCCAUAGAAAAUCCAAAGAUACACUCUUAAAGAAAGAAUUAAUGAAUUCAGCAAAGUGUCAGGACAGAUUAGUGUUUAGAAACUGUCUUUUUUUAUACAGUAUCAAUAAAUGAACAAAGAACAAAAAAUGAUAUUAGAGUGAUUCAGUUUUCAGCAUCAUCAGGAAUAGGAUAGUAAUAGAAUUGUGAGUCUAGAAAUAAUACAUUUAUGUCUAAAAGGUGCUAAAACAAUUCUGAGGGAGGAUAUCUUUUUUAUCAAAUGGUGCUUGGAAGUCUAUAGAUAUACAUGCAAAAUACUGAAAUCAAAUCCUUACCUCAUACCACAUAUAAAAUUUAAUUCAAAAUGUAUUUAUACGCUAAAUGUAAGAGCUAAAACUGUAAAAUGCUUAGAAGAAAACGUAGGUGUAAGUCUUUAUGAACUUGUAUUAAGUACUGCUUUCUUAAAUAAAUAUCACUCAAAACACAUGUAACAAAAGAAAAAAAAUAAUUCAUCGCAGUCAUCAAACUUAAAAUAUUUUGUGCUUCCUAAAACAUCAAGAAAGGAAAAAAGACCCACAGAAUGAGAGAAAAAUGUUGUUGAUCUUAUAUCAGGUAAUGGAGGAACUUCUAUACAGAAUAUAAAAAGAACAGUUGUAAUUGAACAAUAAAAAGAUAAAUAACCUAAUUUUUAAAAUAGACAAGGGAUCUGCAUUGACAAUUCUCCAAAGAAGCUAUCUAGAAGGCCAAUGAGCUCACGCCAAGAUUCCCAAUAUCAUUAGCCAGAAGGGGCAUAUAAAUUAAGUGGAUGAGAUACCACUUUACCCACUAGGACGGACCUAAUACAAAUGAUUACAACGUAUACUGGUGAGGAUGAGAAAUUGGAACCCUCAUACCCUACUGGUGGAUACUCAGGAAAAAAAAUAAAAACAUGUAUCUACUCAAAAACUCAUGCAGAGAUGUUCCUAGCAGCUGUAUUCAUAAUAGCUAAAAAUAGAAACAACACAAAUGUUCAGUGUUCAUCAAUGAAUAAAGGAAUAUAUAAAAUGUGAUAUAUGCGUACAUUGGGAUAGUAGCCAGCCACAGAAAAGAAACAAUGCAUAGAUAUUGUCUACAACAUGGAUAGACAUUGAAAAUAUGCCAAGUGAAGGAAGUUAGCCUCAAAAUGCCACAUCAUUUUAUGAUUUCAUCUAUAUGAAGUGUCCAGAACAAGAAAAUUUAUUUAUGUGAAAAGUAGAUUAAUGAUUGCCCAGGACUGGAGGGCUGGAAGAGGAAGAUAGAGUGACUGCUAAUGAGUGUGGAGUUUCUUUUUGGAAUAAUAAAAACAUCGUAGAGUUGACUAUGGUAAUGGUGGCACCACUGUGGAUAUACUAAAAACCACUGAAUUGUAUAAUUUGUGUGAAUGUAUGUGAAUUGCACUUACAUUGUUAUAAAAAGACAAAAUAACAAAUAAAAUUUGUUCCUUUGUGAAAUAA